ACUGGGUAAUUUUAUUUUGCAAGACAAAGGAUACGGGGGAAAAUCCCUUCGAAUGGGUCAGUCGGAUGAGCAUGUUUCAAAUUCAAUCGGAAUGGAAAACUCUGUGAAAGAACAUUAUUGCCGCGAGGUCAACCAGACAUUUGACCAAUCCGUCGAUCUCAGGAUAAUAAUUAUAACGCACAAUCGUAGCCAGUCGUUGCUACGGUUGAUGACCUCACUGAAUGACGUCAACUAUAAUGGGAGAUCCGUCCUGUUGGAGGUGUGGGUAGAUAGGUCACGUGAGGGCUCUCAUUCCGCUGAGACGGUCGCUCGUGCCUCACAAUUCCAAUUCCGCUCUGGUCGAUGUCACAUUCACGUGCACCGGAAGCACGUGGGAAUACGCGGACAGUGGCUCGAGACCUGGAAACCCAAGGACAAGGAAAUUGCAGUGAUUUUAGAAGAUGACCUGACUGUGUCACCAUACUUUUACAGAUAUCUGCGACUCAUGUUUGACCUUUACGGUAAUAGAUCAGAUGUCAGUGGGUUUACCUUGCAAGGUCAAAGUAUCAAACACGACCCUUCGGCGGGAGGACAACUUGACAUAGACCCUAAACACAAAGUAUUCCUAUAUCCUACACUUGGGACGUCAGGUUUUGCACCGAAUUUCCGCCAGUGGCAUGCAUUUAAAGAAUGGCUAAAAGAUGUUUUGACUUCGGGGAGGAAAGUCCCCCUAGUUCCAAACCACAUAGCGUCCGUAUGGUACAAACAGUUCGAGGUGACAGGAAGGACAGACACGAUGUGGGAGAUGGAAUAUCUGUAUUACACCUGGAAACAUAACCAGUACACGCUAUAUCCAAACUUCAAAGAUCACAAAGGGUUGACGUUUAACUGGUACGAAGAUGGACUUCACUCGACGGGUGAGCGGCGAAGGAGUGGUGAGGACCAACGACAAUUGGUAAUGAACUGGACCUUGGUUGCUGCGGACCUUCCGCGUAUCCCAGCAUACGUUAACAAUGCCGGACAUGUGAUAAGGGACGAAGUGCCUUAAAAUUAAAGUGGUUUAUAUACAAAUUAUCACACACUCCUGAUGUGUUUAGAAUAAAUAAACAGGUUGCGAAACUCCACCUGCAUGUAGUUGUUCUACGUUUUUCGUAAGUCGUCCUGUGGACGUGUGUACAGUGUACAUAUUUAUAGUGACUCGAUGUGUUGAUGUAUAUUCAUGUAAAAAUUAAACUGCUAUUACUUGACUCUUUAAGUUUAACUAUUAAAACGCACAGCUCUGAAGAGUGGGGAAUUUAAAAUUUUAAAGAAGUUGACAAGUUAAAUCACACAUUUGUUUAAUCUAUUUUGGGCUUCCGUCAGCAGGCAUGGAAUGGCGGCUGUUCUGGGGAAUUAGUGUCGCUUGUAAAAAGCUCGAAAGUUUUGAUUAAGAUUGAGUUCAUAUUCAUUAGUAAUAGAAACUGAAAGACACAACAACAUUAAAAACAGAACACGUUAAAUAUGUAUUAUUUAUACGGUUGAAUCAGGCUACCACUUCUUGUGCAUUUCUCCUCUGUAUAUUCACCUGAGAACUGAAUAUAAGCUGACUCGAUCAUUGAACACUAUUAACAAAUGUGUAUCCAUCAUGUCUAGUAAAAGCAGUCGGAAUCUACUUAUGCUCUCUUGCCGUUGCUUCUUGGAUGUAUUGCUUUAUUUAUUUGGUAAAUAUGCUUUAGCAUAUACUUGACAGAUAUAAAUAUGUUUAUUC